UUACAGCUUCAUCGUUGCCAUCAAGCUAUUUGUCAAAUUACCAACUGCCAAGGUACUGUCAAUACGACAGAGGCACGUGCUGGGCAUUCGCCACCAUUGGACUUCUCGAACAGUCUUACAGAGAAAACGGUAUUAAGAAAGGGUUUUUGAAGGAAAAUGAAUACGUCAGAUUGUCGCCACAGGCGUACGCCAUUGACGUUAUGAAUGAGUGUGAAAAGCACAAAGAUGCGUGCCCUGAUAAGCAAAAACUAUUGAAUUCAACUGAAGGAGGGUAUGUUGAGUGGUUGUACGCAUUCACCAAUUUGUAUGACAAGAUCUUGCCCGAGAGUGCGUGCCCAUAUGCCGAGGAGAACGAAGGACAGUGGGAAUGUGAAAACAAAGAAGAGAAACAGAAGAAGAAUCCUUUGAAAUUCAACGUAACAAACAUCGUCACCAAGAGAACCAUUUCCGACAUCAAAAAGCUUCUUUACAAAACACAAAAACCAGUCGGGUUUGAUUCAGCUUUGAUCAUUGGCAAAUACGCGAUCCCAUCCGCUGAUCACCCAAUGCUUAGAGCCUUCGUUUCAGAAAUCGACGGUUGCCCAGACAACCCCAACGAAGAGUGCCUUUAUCUUGAUCAACACGAAAUGAACCCUGACGGCGAGUUUUUCAUUGAAGAUAACCAGGCUUUGUCUGAAGGAGGCCACGCAAUGAACAUUGUCGGUUACAACGACGAGUUCACAAACAAAGACGGUUCAAAGGGAGCGUUUGUUGUCAGAAACAGUUGGUUAGAAGCUGAGUAUUGGCCUGAAAAGAAACAGUGGAUUUUCCACGACAAGGAACAAGAGAAGAAAUUCAUGACGAAAUUUGCCAAAAACGCCAAAGCUGACACUGCCGAUAAAAAAGUGAAAAGAGACGACCCCCCACCCACGCCGCGAAAUUACUACAGAGGAUCGCACUCACAACAAUACAUCAUGCAACAAAUUUCCGAGUGGGACGAGAGAACAAUUUGCCCAAAUGCCAACAAUAUUCAAAACUGGGACUCUUGUGUAAAUUUGGCAACUGGACCAACUAAGUAUGGAGUGAAAAAGGAUUACAAGGAACAAAAGAAAGGUGCUGCAAUUGUGGACGAGAAGUCUGCUUGUUUGAACGAAACGUUUUUGAAUGAAUAUGUCGCCAAUUACAGAAGACCAAUGGAGUUCACUUGCUUGAAUCAGUUCACAGAUGAGCUGUGCAGCCAAGACGAUAUCGACAACUCCCGUUUCUUCUUGACACACAAAUCACCAAGUACUAUCAACCCGAACCUUGUGAACUUCUGCAUGGUCAGAGUGAACAAGAACGAUAUUACCAUUCAGAAAGAGUUUUGUGUGAACGACGUCCCAUUCGACUAUGUCGAAUUCUUGUUCAUGCCAGUCCAGAAUCAAAUGGAGGCGUUGAAAAACAAGGAAGACCUUUGUGGGUUCAACAUCUGGCCAUACGCGUACAUGGACAAGAGCAUCAAGUACAGGGGUUUCUUUGACGUUAUUCACUUUGCGAUCACAUGGGACGACCAGAGUUACACCGCCAAUAAAGUUGACGGUCUUGACUAUCAAUACGUUGAAAGUUCCAAACACACACAAGAAGCGUUCCCAGAGUUCAUGGGUCCCGAGCCAUACCAGAAGAGAUUCUACGAGUAG